UCAAUAUUUUUAAGAUUUAUGUCUAUGAUAACUGCUUUUAUAUUUCAGAUUAAUUUAUAGCAUCUUAAUAAGUUAUUUGAUCUAGCAAUUUCUUUGUGAAAUCAAGCACAUCAUCACAUAUGCAUGAGAUAUCUGCUGGGUUUAUAAUUCUAGACUCUUAAAAGUAACUCUAUUUUUCAUUCAAAUAUGUUUGCUUUUCUGGAGUUUUGGGUGAUUAUAAUGGGUUCAUUCAAAAUAUUCAUUCUUGCUUUUCCAUGCUGAUAGUGCUCUCAAAACAUGGUGAACAUUCCUAAAACCUGCUGGACUCUCUGUAAGAAGUGUGGCAAGUACCAACAACACAAAGUGACACAAUACAAGAAGGGCAAUAAUACUCUGUAUGCCCAGAGAAAGCAGCAUUAUGACAGGAAGCAGAAUGGCUACAGUGAGCGGAUUAAGCCGAUUUUCUGGAAAAAAACAAAAACAACAAAGAGGGUUAUGCUGAGGAUUGACUGUAUUGAACCCAACUACAGAUGUAUGAAAAUGCUGGCUAUUAAAAGAUGCAAGCAUUUGGAAUUGAGAGGACAUAAGAAGAGAAAGGGCCACAUGAUCCAUUUCUAAGCUUCAUAUUUCACUUUAUUAUGAAGACAAUAAGAUCUUGAGGUUAUGUUCAAACCAAAAUAAAAAAAAAUACUCUUUAUUAAAACAGCACUUCCCAUUUUUAUAAAAUUUGAAUAAAAAAAGGAAAUUUAAUCUCCUUGAAAACAAUGCUGGCAUUAAAAUUCAUUAUAUUCAUUUACAUAAUUAUGGGGAAAACUCAGCAAAAACUACCAAUCUAUUUAACAUCUUGAGUUUGAUGAAGCACAUUAGAACAUGAAACACAAUACAUUGGAACAUGAAUACACAGUCAAAAGACAGGUCCUUUCAUUACCAGACUGUUAGACAACUUCGAUAACAAAUCUUAUCACCCUCUCCUCAUCCUUUACCUUUCCAUACGUAGUCUACAAAACUAUGCAAUUGUAAACUGAACUAAACACAUUAGCAGUUUACAUGAGAAUGGAUAAAGCUCAAGUAUCAGCAAAUAACAACUGAGUUUAGCAAAUGUUUUCAUUAAAUUUUAAAAGUAAUCUUUAGAUCUAUAAAUUU